AUGGCUCCGCUUACGCAGCUCUCAGAGGAGGAGACCAUGUUUAAAGAGACUGUGGCGAGGUUUGCAGCUGACGUUGUAGGUCCUAAAGUCCGUGCCAUGGACACAGCAGGAGAGAUGGACCAUUCGAUAACACGUGGACUUUUUGAGAAUGGACUGUUGUCAGUGGAGAUCCCAGUGGAAUUUGGAGGCAGUGAGGCCUCUUUCAUGAGUCUCUGUCUGACUAUAGAAGAGUUGUCAAAGGUAGACCCGGUCGUGGGGCUACUCGUUGAUUUGCAGAACACUGUCGUGAAUAACGUCUUCCUGAUGCAUGGGACGAAAGAGCAAAAGGAAAAGUAUUUGCCAAGGCUGAGUACGGACAUGAUUGGAAGUUUUUGUCUAAGUGAGGCAGGAUCUGGAAGUGACGCGUUUGCAUUGAAAACAAAGGCAGAAGUGUCGACGGAUGGGAGCUACUACUCGAUUACAGGACAGAAAAUGUGGAUUUCGAACGCAGAGUAUUCGGGUGUCUACUUGGUUUUCGCCAAUGUCGACCCGUCUAAGGGGUACAAGGGUAUUACGUGUUUCAUUGUGGACCGAGAAAUGGAAGGACUGGAGAUUGGCAAGCCAGAGGAAAAGCUAGGCAUCCGUGCGUCGUCAACGUGUCCUGUGACGCUAACGGAUGUAAAGGUCCCGCGGGAGAAUAUCUUGGGAGAACUUGGCAAGGGUUAUAAGAUUGCAAUUAGCACGUUGAAUGAAGGACGCAUUGGCAUUGCGUCGCAGAUGCUGGGACUAGCGCAGGGAGUCUAUGAUCAAACACUUCCGUACUUGUUUGAGAGGCAUCAGUUUGGAUUGCCGAUUGGAGAGUUUCAGGCGAUGCAGCACCAGUACGCGGAGGCUGCAUUGGAUAUAGAAACGACGCGUUUGCUGGUGUACAACGCUGCUCGGCUCAAGGAUGCUGGCCUCCCGUUCGUCAAGCAGGCUGCCAUGGCCAAACUUCACGCCUCACGAGUAGCAGAGAAGACUGCGUCAAAGUGCAUCGAAAUGCUUGGUGGAAUUGGUUUUACAAAGUACUUGCUUGCGGAAAAAUUCUACCGCGAUGCAAAGAUUGGAGCUAUUUACGAAGGCACAAGCAACAUGCAGCUCACCACGAUCGCAAAGAUCGUUUCCGAGGAAUAUAGUAAGUGA